UAAAGCAUUGCCCCGACACAGCACGGACAAAAUUCAACACGAAGUCGGCCACAAGCAAACAGACGAACGAACAAACCAAGAACCCAGAAUAUUUUGUUGGGAAAACUUCGAAGGGUUUGUGCCUUUUUUAUUUUUUGUGGGUUGGUUUCUAUAUAGAGAGGGAGGGAGAGAUGGAGGGUGGUAAGAGAGGGGAGGGAGCAGGACCAUCAUCGGGAGGGUCUUCAUCGGCUGGUGGUGUUGGUGAUCAAAGACCAAAAAAGGAAAAGGAAACGAGUGAGGAGCCAAGUGGAGUUCUUGGUGGUGUGGGAGAAGAAGAAGAAGAAGAAGAGGAAGAAGAUCAUAAUGAUGAUGCUAAGGAUGAUAGGCUUGUUGCUGGUUUUGUUCCUGGCCCUUUGGUUUCUCUCAAGGAACAGAUUGAGAAAGACAAGGAUGAUGACAGCUUAAGGAGGUGGAAAGAGAAGCUGCUUGGUUGCUUGGAAAGUGAUUUAAAUGACCAAAUGGAACCUGAAGUCAAGUUCCACUCCAUCGGGAUUAUCUCUGAUGAAUUUGGGGAGAUCACUUCUCCCUUGCCUGUUGAUGAAAGUCGGAAUGGUCAUGUGUUGUUCACUCUCAGGGAGGGAUCUCAGUAUCGGCUUAAGCUGACAUUCAGUGUUCUGCACAACAUAGUUUCAGGCCUGACCUACUCCAAUACAGUGUGGAAAGGGGGAGUUCAAGUUGAUCAAAGCGAAGGAAUGUUGGGCACUUUUGCCCCUCAACCAGAACCAUAUGUGCACACCCUUGAUGAGGAGACCACUCCAUCUGGCGUGCUCGCUAGGGGAACCUACUCAGCGAAGCUCAAGUUUGAAGAUGAUGACAAGAGAUGUCAUUUGGAACUCGAGUAUUCAUUCGAGAUCAAAAGAGCAGCUAGAUGAGUUUUGCCAAAACAAUAUGUUUUGUUGUCUUCUGUUUUAUGUAUUUUUCCAUAUUCUUUUCUAUUUCUUUCUUUCUUUCCCCUCUUCUUGUGAACUGCAUUCAUGUUUGUUUGUGACGAUUAGUUGAAUAUUGGUUUGUAGGUGUGAAACAAAUUAGAAUUGAAUACAAAUUUUAUGACCUUGAAUUGCA